CAGAAGGCGCCGAAUACGAAGCAGGGCGGAUUCGAGGUCUGUUUCGGGCCUGGCCGCCUACGAGAGGCCGGGGGAUGUGGGGCCUAAAGCUGAGUUAAUUCAUUCCGCGUGUGACUUUCUAAAAGGUUGUUUCCUGGGAUUACUUUUUAAAAGAGAAUGGCGUCCCUACCCCAAAACAACCUCCAGGAACAGCUUGAACUUUACUCGGCCAAAGGGACCCUGAACAAGCUGGCGCUUCAGAAACCCAAAGCCUCGGGGUUUACAUUCAGAAAGAAAACUGCAUUUGAUAACGGGAAAACCACAGAAUGUUUACGUGGGAUGAAAGGUGGGCCCUUACAGGAGAAUGAUGCUAACCUUUCCCUGAAAAAAGCAAAUGGACCUUUACUUGGCCCUAAACAGGCCAAAAUCAGUGAGCUCUUCGGAACAACACAGAAAGGACAAGAAGGGCAACAAAGCCACCCAAAUGACCCGUCAGAGAGUUCUUUGGGGCACUUCACAUUUUCUGUGAAAGAAAGAGAUGCGGGCAGUCAACUAGAGAACCCCAAAGCGGACCACAACUCUUCAUACAGUUCAAUUAUUAACAUCGAUGAUGUCUGGGAUGACAUUGAUGAUUUUGAAAUAGCCAGGCAGGAAAAGAAAUGCUCAAAAUCCCCUGCUUCGUUGUCAUCAAAUACUCUGCUUGCGAAAAAGAGCAAAGCUCCGAAAAACCAAAAGCCUUUAACCAGCGAACAGUUAGUCCCUUUGGUCAGCAGGCAGGGCAGUCAAUUGUGCAAUGAGGGUUUUGUUAAUAAUAAGAGCAACACAAUCCAGAUUCCUGAUGAUGAUGAUGACCAGGAAGAAAAUGCUCCAGGGAGCCAGUCUGUCAUUUGCCUUGGCCCAAUAACCAGCCAUGAUGGAAGCUAUGAAGAUGUUCCUGCAAACAGGCCACUAGGAAGCCCCCCAGGAAGCAAAAAAGUGGAGUCUCUGGAGAUACGGAACGACAAAGGGGAGAAACCAGGCAGUGCCUGCAACGACCCAGAGGUGUGCAAUGAAUCUGAGACUGAAGAUUAUGUUGACUUUAUUCCUCCUUCCCCAGAAGAGGAGGAGGCCCCUUCUUCAGCCUCUUCCUUUAAAAGCAUCAGUUAUAUUUUCAAAGAAUCUGCUGUUGAGAAAACACGGUCUCCUCAAGCAUUGAAAAGCUCUAGCGGAGCCAGCAGCGGAAGCAGAAAAGCCCAGGAAGAUUCUGAUGAAGGAGGUUUUAGUGAAGUACAAUGUUACCUUUCAGGUAAACCCUUUCCUUCGGGGCAAUCCCUCUACAGUGUUAUGGAGGACAUCUGCAAAUUGGUGGAUUCCAUCCCAGAAAGGGAUCUGAGGUUUUUAUCCUGUGGGAGUGAGCUCAUUCGGCAUAGAGAUUACAGAAGGCAACUCUUAAAUAAUCUCACUAAUGGAAGUGGAAGGGAUGCAGGUAUACCUCUGGACAUAAGCAGUAAGGCUUUGUUCAGGUAUGACGGCUCUCUGGAUAGCGGUGUUUCCUUUCGUUUGGAAGAAGAAAAUGUUGACAGUCCUCCUGGAGGAAUGAGCACUUCUACACAGCCUUCCGUGAGAAAAUUUGGCGUUUUUGAGCGCCAUCACAACUUUCAUUCUACCCCUUCCAUCGUUCCUGCCGUUCAAGGCACUAGUAAUGUAAGCCUGUCCAGAUUUCCAGGGAAUUCUGCCUUGGAGAACGGCAUCUCUCCCUUGCAAAAUGCAUCGUUGUCUUUCCCCAAAAGAGGCUCCUCUGGUGAAAGGAUGUGGUCUGAAAACUCAAAAGAGAAAAACUUCAUGAAUCCAGAGAUGAAUGUUACAGCUGAAAGUGAUUCUUUGGCAAACAGAGCUGGGAACUUUGACGAUGACAAUUUCGACAUUGAUGACUUGGACGAACUGGAUGAGAUAAUACAGCUUUCGGGUGCGGAGCAGCCUCUCCAGGCUCCCUGCCUGCCUGCCCCGGCCUCGUCUAUGGGAAACUGCUCCCUGGCAUCUGAUGCAGGACGGGGCUUGCUUUCAAGCGCUGUUCUUCCUAGAGCGAACCAGCAAGUGCAUGCCAAGACUGGCUUGGUCCGAAUGGUGGAAUCCCCCUCUGCCAGGAACCCCUCCCUGGAACGCUUCAGGGGCUGCUCGUUCCCCCAUUCCAAUGAAAUGAUGAAAGUUUUCCACAAACGUUUUGGUCUGCAUCACUUCCGUACAAACCAGCAAGAGGCCAUCAAUGCCGCUCUGCUGGGUGAAGACUGUUUUGUCUUGAUGCCGACAGGAGGUGGCAAGAGCUUAUGCUACCAGCUGCCGGCCUGCAUUUUGGUGGGAGUCACCAUAGUAAUUUCCCCCUUGCGGUCCCUGAUCGUGGAUCAAGUCCAGAAGCUGACGUCGAUGGAUAUUCCUGCGACGUACCUGACAGGAGAUAAGACUGAUGCAGAAGCCUCCAGGAUCUACAUGCAGCUCUCCAAGAAGGACCCCAUUAUCAAACUCCUCUACGUUACUCCGGAGAAGGUCUGCUCAAGCGGGCGGCUGAUGUCAACGCUGGAGAAUCUGUACCAGCGGCAACUCUUGGCCCGCUUUGUGAUUGAUGAAGCCCACUGCGUCAGCCAGUGGGGCCAUGACUUCCGACAAGACUACAAGCGGCUUAAUAUGCUUCGCAAGAAAUUCGCCUCCGUCCCCAUGAUGGCUCUCACGGCCACUGCAAACCCCAGGGUGCAAAAGGACAUCCUGAACCAGCUGGAGAUGCUGAAGCCGCAGGUGUUUAGCAUGAGCUUUAACAGACACAAUUUGAAGUAUGAUGUUUUACCCAAAAGGCCCAAAAGUGUUGCAUUGGACUGCUUGCAAUGGAUCAGAAAAUAUCAUCCCUAUGACUCCGGCAUCAUCUACUGCCUCUCGCGCUAUGAAUGUGACUCUAUGGCCAGCAACCUGCAGAAAGCUGGCCUGUCUGCACUCGCGUACCAUGCCGGCCUCCCUGACGAAACCAGAGACAUUGUGCAACAGAAGUGGAUCAACCAGGAUGGAUGCCAGAUCAUAUGUGCCACCAUCGCUUUUGGUAUGGGGAUCGACAAGCCUGACGUGCGUUUCGUGAUCCACGCCUCCCUCCCCAAAUCCAUUGAGGGCUACUACCAGGAGUCAGGAAGAGCUGGCCGUGACGGAGAGAGGUCCCACUGCCUGCUCUUCUACAGCUACAGCGACGUCACCCGCUUGCGGCGCCUCAUCCUGAUGGAAAAGGACGGCAACAGCCACACGCGGCAGACGCACUUCAACAACCUCUACAGCAUGGUCCAUUACUGUGAGAAUGUGGUCGAGUGCCGGAGGAUACAGCUGCUGGCCUAUUUUGGGGAAACGGGCUUUAAUCCUAAAUUCUGUAAGGAAUACCCCGAAGUCAGUUGCGACAACUGCUGUAAAGUGCAAGAUUAUAAUAUGAAGAAUGUGACCGAGGAAGUGAAAAGCAUUGUUAGGUUUGUCCAGGAGCAUUGUGGCGAAAAGGGAGCAAGAGGUGCAAGAAGAAAUGGAGGGAGAUACACACUCAAUAUGAUGAUUGACAUUUUCUUGGGUACCAAAAGUGCCAAAAUCCAGACUGGUAUCUAUGGCAAGGGAGCAGCCUACUCACGCCACAAUGCGGAGCGGCUCUUUCGGAAGCUGGUGUUGGAUAAGAUUUUGGACGAAGAGCUGUAUAUCACGGCAAACGACCAAGCCGUGGCCUAUGUACACACAGGAGAAAGAGCCCACGUGGUGCUCAGUGGCUGCCUGCAGGUCGAGUUCUGCGAGACGGAAAGUGCCAGCAGCCUCCGGAAGCACAGGGCUUCCGUCACCAAGAUUUCCCAGCGGGAGGAGAUGGCCAAGGAGUGCCUCUCGGAACUCACCGAUGUCUGCAAAAACCUGGGCAAAGUGUUCAAUGUCCACUACUUUAACAUUUUUAACACAGCCACACUGAAACGAAUAGCAGAGACGUUGUCUUCGGACCCAGAAGUCUUGCUCCAGAUUGAUGGUGUCACGGAAGACAAGCUGGAAAAGUAUGGAGCAGAAAUCAUUGCAGUGAUGCAAAAGUAUUCUGACAAAACAUUGCCAGAGGAACGCCAGCCUCUUCCAACCACAGACCCCGGGAAGAGGCAUUACUGCGCUGAAGAGGCUGAAGAGGAGAUGGAGGUAACGUCCGGCUACUUCCAGAGCAGGCCCAACCGGGGAAAGAAGCGGAAAAAGCCACAGUUCUUCAAGGAGUCGAAAAGGAAGAAACCUGGGCCUGGAAGGCACCAGUCACAUGCAAAGGGGGGUUGUAAUGGCUCCAGAAAAGCACCACCUGGCCCUUCAUUGAACGCCUCUCCUGUCAGACCAGGAGGCGGAAGAAGGCCUGGAUUCAUGGCGCCGCCGAAGCCCCAAAGCAGGCCAUACCUGAAGCCUUCUUACUCGCUUCUGUAAGGCUCUUGCUGCACUUGACCAUUUUCUAUGGACAUGGAGCGUGUUGAUUUUUGUUUCAUCAUGUAUGUAUAUGUUAUGAGUGACCCACUAAUGUUUUAAUAAAGACCUUUGGACCGUA